UCAAAGAAACCGCGAAAACCGUACGUGCGAACGAAGACGCGCGCGCCGUGGACGAGGAUCGAACACGACAAGUUUUUACGCGCGCUCGAGUUGUACGAUCGCGACUGGAAACGGAUCGAAACACACGUCGGGACGAGGACGGCGGCGCAAAUCAGAUCGCACGCGCAAAAGCAUUUCCUCAAGUCGGUGAAG